AUUAAAGCUCGGGCCGGUUGGUUGGUCCCGGGGAUGGUGACUUCUCCAGCCUAUCCCCUUCAUCCUGUGGCGUCCUCAUCAACACCAUGGUUGCAAGAUUGCGCACUCAAACGGCUGUUGUCACGCAAGGCCCCAACAAAGCCGGCUUCGUGACUGAUCGACCGAUUCCUAGACUGCGCGAUGAGUACAUACUCGUCAAAACUGUAACGGUGGCCCUCAACCCGACAGACUGGAAGCACAUCGACUUUGUUCCAAGCAAUGGAUGUACCGUGGGCUGUGAUUUUGCCGGCGUGGUCGAAGCGGUCGGUCGCAAAAUGACCGAGUUCCAAGUGGGUGAUCGAGUGCUGGGCAUAUCGCACGGAUGCAACGCAGUCGAGCCCGACGACGGCUCUUUUUGCGAGUACAUCCUAACCAAGCCGAACGGACUGUUAAAGGUUCCGGAAGGGAUGAGUUGGGAGGACGCGUGCACGGUUGGGGUUGGAUACGCUACCGUUGGUCAGAGUCUGUAUCAGAACCUUGGGCUCCCAAUGCCGGGAAAGCCGCGAGGCCCCAGUACUCCCAAGACGAUCUUGAUCUAUGGCGGUUCCACCGCGACCGGCACCUUGGCUAUUCAAUGCGCCAAGUUGUCGGGGAUGGAGGUUAUCACGACGUGCUCGGCGAGCAAUUUCGACUUCGUCAAGGAACUCGGGGCGGAUGUGGUCUUUGACUAUACCAAGCCCAACGCGGCGGCGGAAAUUCGCAAGUAUACUCGGGAUGGGUUGAAGCUGUGCUUUGACACCGUCGCCAUGGCGGUCUCGGCCCAGUUCUGCGCGGAAGCGUUGACCAGCAAGGCUGGGGGGCGCUAUCACACGCUGCAGGAGCUCCGGUCUCCUCGUCGAGAUGUCCGGUCGACGGUCUCGAUGGCGUACACUGUCGCGGGAGAUGCCUACACGAUGGGGCCUCAGAAGGUACCAGCGAAACCCAACGAUGUGAAGCACCACUAUAUGUGGAAGUCGAUAUUCCAAGAGCUGUUGCACCAAGGCAAGAUCAAGACGCAUCCGGUGUCCAAGCAACCGUAUGGGCUGAAGGGGACGUUGAAUGGCCUGGACCUAUUGCGCGAGAACCAAGUGCGAGGGCAGAAGCUGGUUUACCGGGUGGAUGAGACGCCGCAUCAGUUUUAGGUUCCGUUGAGGAUUUCCCUGGCCUUUCUUCUCUCUGCUAUGUAAGAAUAUAAAGCCAGAAUAUAUUGCUUAUCCAC